AUGGCAAAAGUGAUCACACAGGAAACGUUUGACGACGUGGUAAAGGAAAACAUUGUGGAGUUUUCUAUGUCCAUUGAGGAAGCAAGAGAGGAAACAAUCAAACAAUUUGAGGCGCAAGGCAUUCAUCUUGGCAACAUUAUAAAAGAUCUAAACGUUAAUCCCGACACGGGUGUGCCUUUGCUGAACGAAAGCGUGGAAGAACUGAAACGGAUUGCCGAAAUUAAAAAUGCUGAUCAGGAAAAAGUUUCCCAGCUUCUAGUCGUCAUCGCCGAAGAAUGCAAACUGAGCGUUCCCCACCGUGUGCUGGCUGCAAAAUUAGGUGCCUACGAGUUCAUUGUAAAACGACUAAACGCUGAAGAUAAGCUAGAGGAUGAUGUUUUGCUAAAACUACUCACUGCCACUAACGCAAUCAUCAACAAACAACCGGACGUGUUCAGCCACGAAUCAUUGGCCGUUGUGUUAAAGUUUUUAAAGGCCUCCCCUGAACCGAAAGUCGCUUGCGAGCUGUUGAAAUGGCUUCAAAAAGCGUGCAUACUGCAUGAAACGAAUCGUCAGCUUAUAAUGGAAGAAAAUCUAACCAUUGCUACCCUUAAACCGUUCCUUUCCCGACCCGAAGCGGAAGUGAUCCGCAACACAUGCACGCUUUUCCGCUAUUUGAUCUUGGACGAUGAUAUACGGGUAGAGUUUGGCAAAGCUCACGAACAUGCUCGUCAGCUUGCGGCCGAAACGCUGACAGAGAUUACGCUGCUACUUACCAAGUGCAAAUCGGAUCCCGAUUUGAUCAGCGACUUGAUGUUGACUAUCGCCUCACUAACGGUGCGCAAUGAAUUCUGCCAAACGGUCGAGGAAGCUGGUGGGCUACAAUUUAUUCUAGACGCGAUGGUAGAGUUUCCCGACUCGAUAAAAAUCAUUCGCGAAGCGUGCAAGCUGCUCAAAGCACUCGCCGGAAAUGACACGGUUAAGCAGCACAUCAUCCAGUGUGGGGCAGCGCCAUUGCUUGAAUCGGCACUUAACCGGCACAAGGAUAAUGAAACAUUUGCACGGCACGCGCUGGCUUGUAUCUCGACGCUGGCAUUACGAGAAGCCGCCAACAGUAAGGCACUGUUUGAGACGGGCAUAUCGGAAACCAUUAUUCAGACGAUGAAAAUCCAUCCGACGAGCAAGAUUGUACAGCGUAAUGCGGCUUGGGCCGUGCGUAAUAUGGUAUCACGAUCCCGGGACCAAUGUGACACGUUUGUGGCGCAGGGAGUGGAAGAUGUACUUAAUCAGGCGCUGGUCGAUCAUCCGAGCAUUGCGCACGAUGUAAAGUCAGCGUUGCGUGAUUUGGGCUGCAAGGUGCAGUUGAAUGAGGAGUGGAAAGCCACGUCGGAGAUUCAGAUAAAAAAUGACUAAAUUUU